GAAAAGCAGUCGGUUUGGUUUCUCUCGUUGUCAAAAAGUUACACAAGCAUCGAACGAGAUUGUACAACAGAAGCCGUUUCACAACCUUGAACAAGUCGUCGUGACGGCUUCGCUGUCCAUUCGUCCCCGCCGGGCGUGUCCGCCUCUAACACCGAGCUUUUGAACCCGGGCACGAGGCACGUAAAUCUCCGCUUCACGCACUCAGUGGUGUCCCCCCCCACCCGUCAUUUCAACACCGCUUUUGGAAGGAAGAGCAGCCGAUCAAAACAAACGCCUUUCAAGAUCUGGCGCGAGUAACUUCACGGGUAUGUGAUUUUGGAGGGUUUCUCCUGACAAGAAUUAGUUAACCACGGCGACCAGAGUCACAGACGAGAGCAAUCGGCCGUCAAACCUUCGGGCUCUUCACGCGUUUUGGGGGCCAUGGAGCUGAGCUCGGUCUUUCUCACCACCGGAGGAGCCUUCGGAUUUUUUCGAUGUAUCAACACCGCUGUCGGCAGACUACCUGUGCCUGAAGCUGCACACAAGAACACGACCAGAUGGAGAAAUAUCUCCACGUCCUUCGUGCACAGCCUCAUCACGGCGAUUUGGGCAGUGCUUUGCUUUUUCCUGCAACCAGAAAUGGCUGAAGAUUUGAUAGAAACACAUUCUAUGGUUUCCCAUGCGCUGGUGUCCUUUUCAAUUGGUUAUUUCAUCUAUGACCUGUCUGACAUUGUGAGAUACCAGAGGUUCAGUCAGUGCUGGGAGCUCGCCUUACAUCAUACUGUUGUGAUCACUUGUUUCGGCCUGUCAGUGUUGACGUAUCGCUACCUGGGUUUUGCCGUGGUGGCCCUAUUGGUUGAGAUCAACUCAGUGUUCCUCCACCUGAGGCAGAUCCUUCGGUUGGCCAACCAGGCCACCGGCACCGUCUACCGGGUCAACAGCAUGAUCAACCUGGGCACCUAUGUGGUGUUCCGCAUCAACACCCUAGCCUGGAUGACCCGUUGGCUGGUGCUCAACAGGGACAAUGUGCCACUCCACUCCUAUACAUUGGGUAGCGUGGGUCUUGCCAUUAUGACGCUCAUGAACAUUAUCCUGUUUUACCGCCUGCUUAGGAGCGACUUCUUGAAGAGCAGCACUCGGGAGGCCAAGAAAGAGAAGGAAACAUAGGGAGAAUUCAUUUCUGCAUCACGUGGGUUAGAUUUGUUUCAGUUUUUGUUGUCGGUGUUGUUUGCUACUACAUUUCAGACCCGCAGGUGUUUCAUUAACGUAGCUAAUGGUGAUAGAAGCCCACAGCCACCUCCAUUUGGAACCUUGAAUGUAACCAUCGUAUGACGUAUGGCUUUGGAUGCCAUCACAUGAAUUAAUCAACCAAAUCUAAACACUAUUUAAUCUAGUAUAUAAAGCUAAUGUCUUUUUGAUCUCGUUAACUUCAAGCCACUUGCUACCUCAAAGCUUUUAACACUUGUUUGCCUUCUCAGAACAAGCAUUUUAAAUGAUGGUCAAAUGUGGUACAAUGCAUAAACUGUGCUCAUUCCAUAAAUGGCCCAUUUAAUGGAAGUGAAAAGAUUUAAGUAAAAAUCUCGAGAGCUUCAUCAGAUGUCAUAUUUGGUAAUCCAAAUCUUCAAAUCCAGCAGCCAAGUGACACCACUGUUUGGGAACACAGAUGAAAGCUGUGAAAUCUAAUUGAAACUUUUUGGUUGGAUUCUGUCUACUGUUGUUGGAGUUACCGUUUACCAAGCUGGUGGGAAAUGCUUUUCUUGUAAUGACCUUCAAAAGGCAGCACUCAUCAAAUUACCUCAGUUAGCUUCCAAAACUUAAAACCAUUCUUGGGCUUCUUAAUGAAGGGUGUACGAGGUUCUUCCUAUGUAAUCUCCAAAGCAAGUAGAAUUAGUGCCCAAAUAUUCGUGGCAAAUUGGAAUUAUUUUGUGUUGAAUGUCAGAUCUGUCUCAUGUAAAUGCAAAGUGUAGCAUUUUGUACCAUGCAGACCAGUAGCAGUGAUUAGGACAGAGUGACUGACUACAUUGGUACUGAGGCAAACCAUAUACCCAAGUUUUUAAAUAUAAAAUUGAAAAAUAAUCAAAUUUUGGAUGUGUCCUUUGAGAAAAUAGGCGAGAUGUGUCUUCACUUUGUAAUGGUUGAAUGAAUUCAAUGGCAGCUUAUAAGCUUCAUGUUGGAAUAAACACAUCUGAGGUCUGUGAAUACCCCAACAAUUCAUGGAUUGGGACGGAGGCCCGCCACAGAUUACAAAAAUUUACAAAUAAUCUAUACCCCAAAAGGGGUUUGUAAAUGCAUAUAGAUGCCGCAAAUAUGUGGAAAAACACUUGAAAUGUAGACUAUCACCUACAUUUAGCAGUAACACAAUCAUUGAGACAUGUUGCAUAAAUGAUUAUUUGGUUAAGAAAUGAUUCCGCACAAAGUAACAUGCUAGCAAAGACUGGUUUGACACCACGUAGAACUUUGUGCUAAACGUAUAAGUCAUUAAACUUACCUUUCAGCAUUUACAGGCAAAUUUUUAUCCCAAGUUGGUUGUCACAGGUUUUUGGCUGCUGCAUUUCGAGACAAGCAGAAAUAUGGUUUAAAUUCCACUUUGACUUCAUCCGGUGUGUUCAUUGACCACUAACAAAACUGGGAUCAAUUGAAAUUGGGGUGGAAAAAUCCACCAUCAAAAAUGUAAAGCUAAUAUCACUCGGAUUCUACCAGCUAGAGCCAAAUUCACUCUUUGGCCUUGAAACAAAAACGGCAAACAUUAGAUUUACAGCAAAUGACAAUUUUCUCUAAAUUAGAUGCAAAUUUGUGAAUAUGGAGGUGUUAACAUGACUGUGGACUGGUGAAAAGUUGACAAACGUGCACAUAGGCAUUGAUACGUUGCAGUCUAUUUGUGUUUAAAAGAUUUUUUUUGUUCAUCAGGUGAAAUUGUGGAUAUUUCAAAGUUGUUCUAAAAGUGACCAGUUAUAGUUGACACGGUUUAAGUGAAAACAUUUGAAGCUAGUGAUAGUAAUUGUGUCUUUGUUGUUGUAAUCUCCACAGGCAAUAUUUUUAUCAGCCUGCAGUUAAAGGGCGAAUCAAUCUAGGUGUCAGAUCUAUUGACAAAGAUACAGGUGGACUACAGAUGCUGAGUUUUCCACCCAGCGUGUUCCCUGUUGAACAUAAAACAGCGUUUCUUCAAAAUGGAAAAGACAAAUGUUUAAUCUUCACCACAGCAGCCUUAUGAAGAUCAAUAUAGAGUACUGUUGUUUCAGACUUUACGAGCAAAUGUAGGCAGUUUACUGUUCCUCCUUCGACCAAUGUAAUGUUUUUUGUGUGUGAUUGCACUCUUAUUGUAAAGAGUUGUAUCAAAGAUUGGCAGCCAAAUUGAGAUGCAGUACCUUAAUCUAGCAAAUUUGUGAAGUUUUGGCCAAAAUGUAAUAUUAACACUGUGAGACUAAUUGAUAUUUUAUCAUGAUUUUCUUGUGUGUAACAUCUUUCCCAACAUGCAUAAUGAUUUGGAGUUCUGUUGUCAAUAUUAUUUUACUUCUUAAAAAAAAAAAAAAAAAAAAAAAAAAAGCAGCAAAGACUUGUAAUUGUAAUGUGAAACACAUGAAAUAUAUAUUUAAUGUGAAAAUCUCAUGAAUUACAAAGCACAAGAUAGUUGACUGAGGGAAACAUCCAUGUGCAGUGUAAAUAUCACCUUGCGUUUCUGGCACAGAACAUUUGAUCACCCUCUAAUUUCUGUUUAUAAAAACGAUUUGUGUUUUAAUAAAGAGAAUAAUUCUGAAA